ACAUCCCUCCCUUCUCACGGGGAUGCUUACGAGAAGAAAUCAAACCAGUGUAUGUGCCGCGGUAGCCUAAUAUUCAAGCACAGCGGUAACAAGUGAGGCAGGGGCACAUUCUGUCGAACAGAAGAGCCACAACGUCGAGAUGAAGGAGCAUGAGACGACGGGUAUCUGUCAGAAAAAACCAACAAAACUACGAAAUCUCAUCUAUAAGACCGAGGCUUUUGAUUUUCUACAUGUUGGAAAUGCAGAGAGAACAUUAUGCUCUAACCAAGUGUGUCUCGGUAGUGUCAUGCAACUACCGAGUCAUGGAACAGAACCCCGUUCAAGAGAAGAAAUUCUUAUGCAUGCAAAAGAUUUUCUCGAACAAUAUUUUUCUUCCAUCAGAAGAUUAAAUAGUGAGGCACAUCGCAUUCGUUGGGAAAGUGUGCAAAAGGAAGUCACAGCAACUGGAACCUAUCAAUUAACUGAAACAGAAUUAGUUUUUGGAGCUAAAGUUGCGUGGCGCAAUGCUACAAGAUGCAUUGGUCGCAUUCAAUGGUCUAAAUUACAAGUAUUUGAUUGUCGUUAUGUUACAACAACUAGCGGCAUGUUUGAAGCAUUAUGUAACCACAUUAAGUAUAGCACGAACAAAGGAAAUAUCAGAUCUGCAAUAACAAUAUUUCCACAACGCACAGAUGGAAAACAUGAUUACAGAGUAUGGAAUCAACAAUUGAUAAGUUACGCAGGAUAUAAAAAUCUAGACGGUACUAUAACUGGUGAUCCUGCAAACGUUGAAUUUACUGAGUUAUGCAUGAAACUCGGCUGGAAAAGUGCACGUACUCGCUUCGACAUAUUGCCAUUGAUAUUAUCAGCAAACGGUCAUGAUCCUGAUUAUUUCGAUAUUCCAAGCGAACUUGUUCUUGAGGUACCUCUUAGUCAUCCAACUUACGAGUGGUUUGAAAAAUUAGAAUUAAAAUGGUUCGCGGUUCCUGCAGUAUCUGGAAUGGUAUUCGAUUGUGGAGGAUUAGAGUUUACAGCCGCGCCAUUCAAUGGGUGGUAUAUGAGCACUGAAAUUGGCUCUAGAGAUUUAUGUGAUGUUCAACGAUACAAUUUACUAGAAACAAUUGCAACACAUAUGGGGUUGGAUACAAGAACAUCUACAUCAUUAUGGAAAGACAAAGCUAUGAUAGAAGCUAAUCUUGCUGUUUUGCAUAGCUUUCAAAUGAAAAAUGUGACGAUAGUAGAUCAUCACACUGCUUCGGAAUCCUUUAUGAAACAUUACGAAAAUGAAAUGCGAUUAAGAAAUGGAUGUCCAGCCGACUGGUUAUGGAUCGUACCACCGAUAUCAGGAUCCGCUACACCUGUGUUCCAUCAAGAGAUGGCUCUUUAUUAUUUAAAGCCGUCGUAUGAUGCUCAGGAUCCUGCUUGGAAGACACAUGUUUGGAAAAAAGGUCGGGAUAAAAGAUCAACAUCUAAAAAACCAAGACGAAAGUUUCAUUUUAAGCAAAUAGCAAGAGCAGUAAAGUUUACGUCAAAGUUAUUUGGAAGGGCUUUAUCUCGAAGAAUAAAAGCAACAGUAUUAUUUGCUACGGAAACCGGUACAUCGCAAAUGUAUGCUGAAAAACUUAGUAAAUUAUUAGGACACGCUUUUCAUUCGCAGGUAUUGUGCAUGUCAGAUUAUGACAUCAGUAAUAUAGAACACGAAGCAUUAUUGUUGGUUAUAACUUCCACCUUUGGAAACGGUGAUCCUCCAGAAAAUGGAGAAGCUUUUGCACAAAAUUUAUACGCAAUGAAAAUGAAUGAAACAUAUAUUAAUAGUGGCAAUAAAAUAAGCUUGGCGACAUCAAAAUCGUUCAUCAAAGCGAAUAGUCAGACAGAAGUAAGUAAUUCAAAGAAACUGGAUAGAUUAGAUUCUCUUCGUGGUUCUACUACAGAUUCUCAAACGGAGGACACUUUUGGUCCCUUGAGCAAUGUCAGAUUUGCCGUUUUCGCUUUAGGAUCAUCAGCAUAUCCAAACUUUUGUGCAUUUGGGCGCUAUGUGGAUAAUUUGUUAGGCGAAUUAGGUGGAGAACGACUGUUGAAAUUGGCGCAAGGAGAUGAAAUGUGUGGUCAGGAACAAGCUUUUCGGAAGUGGGCAGCUGAUACUUUCACUGUUGCGUGUGAAACGUUUUGUUUAGACGAUGAUGAUACUUUGCUUGAAGUUGCUUUGUCUUUAGGAUCAGAAGCUUUGUCGGCAGCAACUGUUCGUUUUGUAGAAGCUGAGCCCCAACCAAUUGGGAAAGCUUUAAGUAAAUGUCACAAUAGAAAUGUUACUACCUGUAACAUGUUUAGAAAAACAAAUUUAAGCGGUGAUUUAUCAAGUGGAACAACAUUACUAUUGGAACUCGAUGACAUAGCAAGUAUGGAAAUACCAUAUAAACCUGGUGAUCAUUUAGGAGUGUUUGCAUGUAAUAGAUCAGAAUUGGUAGAAGGAAUUUUGAAACGUAUACAAACUCCUUUUGAUCCAAACAUACCGAUUGAAUUACAAAUGCAGAAACAAUCUCAUACUCCGAAUGGAAUCUUAAAAACAUGGAUAGCACAUGAUAGAUAUCUACCUAAUUCCUUGAGAAUAUUAUUAAAAAGAUUCUUAGAUAUUACGACACCACCAACACCGAACCUUCUUAGAUACUUUGCGUCGAUUGCAACAAAUCCAAAGGAACAAGCUCAACUCAAUCUUUUAGCUUCUGAUCCCGCAGCAUAUGAGGAUUGGAGACACUGGAAAUUUCCCAAUUUAGUAGAAGUAUUAGACGAAUUUCCGUCUGUAAAACCUUUCGCACCAUUAUUACUACUUCACUUAACUCCUUUACAACCGAGAUUUUAUAGUAUCUCCUCCUCUCCCGAUGUACAUCAAGGGCAAAUACAUCUUACUGUUGCUGUUGUACAGUAUAAAACACAAGGCGGUUCUGGACCAGUUCAUUAUGGAGUAUGUUCAAAUUACCUACAUGAGAUAUCAGAUGGAGAACCUUUAUAUGUAUUUGUACGUAGUGCACCAAAUUUUUAUAUGCCAACCGAACCAAAAGAACCAAUGAUACUAGUUGGUCCAGGAACUGGAAUUGCUCCUUUCCGUGGAUUUUGGCACCACCGCCUCGCAGAAAUAAAACAAGAACCAGAACUUGAGUAUGGAAAAGUCUGGUUAUUCUUUGGGUGCCGUCAAAGAAAUUUAGAUCUGUACAGGCAAGAAAAAGAAGAGAUGUUAAAAAUUGGUGUCCUCGAUAAAGUUUUCUUAGCACUUUCGAGAGAACGUGGAUUAAAAAAGACAUACGUACAAGAUUUAAUUCAAGCAGAAGCUUCGCAAAUUUAUGAUAUGUUAGUGUAUGAACGAGGCCAUUUUUACGUUUGUGGUGACUGUACAAUGGCAGAAGAUGUUUACCAAACUUUGAAGCAUAUUAUACAAACUCAUGGUGAAAUGACUGAUAAACAGGUCGAGGCGUAUAUGUUGUCAUUACGUGAUGAAAAUCGUUAUCAUGAAGAUAUAUUUGGUAUCACUUUAAGAACAGCCGAAGUACAUAAUCGAUCAAGAGAAACAGCAAGAAAUAGAAUGGCUGCAGAGCCUUAA